AUGCGACCCCUAAUUCUAGUUGAUGGUACAACACCGAAAUCUAAAUAUCAAGGCAAGUUAAUUAUUGUUACAUGUCAAGAUGCCAACAUCCAAAUUUACCCUCUUGCAUUUGACAUAGUCGAUAGUGAGAAUGACAUGUCGAUGCGGUGGUUCUUCACAAAGUUAAGGAAAGUAAUCGGAAAAGUCGAAGACCUUGCAUUUGUAACAAAUCGGGGACAUCCUUUAAUAAAUGGUAUUGCUGAAGUUUUUCCAGAUGCACAUCAUGAGUAUUGCAUGUACCAUAUUCAAGGUAAUCUGAAAAUCAGGUAUACGAGCAAAGGUAUCAUUUCAUUGUUCAGGAGAGCGACUGAAGCCUACAGUGCUGAAGAGUGUAAUAAGUUCAUGGUUGAAAUAAGAAGUAAAUCAUUCGAUGCAUGGGAUUAUCUAACGAAAAUGGGGAUGGAACAUUGGGCGCGCUCGUUUUUUUCCGGACGUCGAUAUAACAUGAUGACUUCAAACAACGCGAAGUGUCUCAAUACAUUAUUCAAGAAGGAUCAAGAAUUACUCAUUCUUGCACUGAUUGAGAAUAUCCGUACCAAGCUGCAGCAGUGGCUUCACGAUCGACGUGCAAAAUCACAGAAUUGCACGAGUGUGCUAGCCCCGGCGCAAAAGGAAAAGCUAUUCAAAGCUGCAAAACUUGUGAGACAGUUGAAUGUCGAACCACUAGACGAGUCGGGCUUCUCAGUACAAUGUACACGCAAUACAGCAUACAUUGUGGACUUGACUGAUAAAACAUCCAAUUGUAAAAAAAUUCAGUUAGAGACUUUUUCGUGUCAACAUGCAGUCGCGGUUGCUAUGUAUCGAGGAUUUGUAGCUAGAACAUUAUGCUCUCAUUACUACAUGACUGAUUAUUGGAGAGCUGCGAACACUGAGACAAUAUUUCCUCUAUCGAACGAAGUUGAGUGGAAAGUCCCCGACCAUAUUCGCCCACUCAAUACAUUGUUGCCACCUCUCAUUGAAUCGCGUGGCCUGGGACAUUUAGUACAUCUAGAAUAUCAUCUAUCGGAGAAUUUCCUCGAUCGCAUAGGUGCCGUCAGUGCAAAUCAGUAG